AUGUUGAAGAAGGUAUCACUAACUAAUGUUUACAGUAGUGAACUAACCAGACAAAGAAAAUCAAAGUUAGAACAAUUUUUAAAAAUUAAAGCAUUUUCAUACAAUCCAGAAACCGACUAUGAAUUCGAAAAUAAUAUUUCAAUUGGGUUAAUGGAUAAUGAAUGUACUUAUUGUCAAGCAUUAAAAUACAUAAACGAACCAACUGGUUUAUGUUGUGCAAAUGGAAAAAUUAAACUACCAGUCCCAAGGUGUCCAGUUGAACCCUUGUUAUCAUAUUUAAUCGAUAAUACUUCCAAACGCUGGAAUGCAAUUAAAAAGGAAGGAAAUUGA